CCGUCCCGACCCCCGGCCGGCAGGGAGAGCGACAGAGCACGGCCGGCGGCUGCGCAGACGGGGCCUCUCUGGCCCGAGAGGAAGAACCUAGAGAGACAGCGAGAGGAAGUGGCGGUGGCGCUCAGCCCUCCGGCCGCCAAGGCCGAUCCACCGUCUGUUGCUGGCCUGAGCCGGACUCCGCGGGCCGCGCUGGCUGCGCAUGGAGCCGAGGACUCGCGCGGAGGCGGGAUGCUACCAGCCGGGGAGAUCGGCGACGCGCCGGCAGCUCCGUGCUGCUCGGAAAGUGGUAAUGAAAGGAAGAACAUCGAGGAGAAAAGUGACAUAAGUAUUGCAGUUCUUGUUGGAAGUGAACAAGUCAGCGAAGGUACAGAUAAUGGUGAUCUCCCUUCUUAUGUGUCUGCAUUCAUAGAAAAGGAAGUUGGAAAUGACCUUAAAUCUUUAAAGAAACUUGAUAAACUCAUAGAACAGAUGACAGAAAGUAAAAUGCAAUUAGAAGAACAGGUACUUACAAUUUCAUCAGAAAUCCCUAAAAGAAUUCAGAGUGCCUUAAAAAAUGCAGAAGAAUCAAAGCAAUUCCUUAAUCAGUUUCUAGAGCAAGAAACUCAUCUCUUCAGCUCCAUUAACAGCCACUUGCUAACUGCACAGCCCUGGAUGGAUGAGCUUGGGGCCAAGAUUGACCAAAUUGAAGAGAUUGAACGGCAUCUCGCUUACCUUAAGUGGAUUUCACAGAUUGAAGAACUAAGUGAUAACAUUCAGCAAUAUCUGAUGACCAACAAUGUACCAGAGGCAGCCUCUACUCUAGUGUCUAUGGCAGAACUUGACAUCAAGCUUCAAGAAUCAUCCUGUACUCAUCUUCUUGGUUUCAUGAGAGCCACGGUUAAAUUCUGGCAUAAAAUUCUCAAGGACAAGCUUACAAGUGAUUUUGAAGAAAUUUUAGCACAGCUUCAUUGGCCAUUCAUUGCACCCCCUCACUCUCAAACUGUUGGCUUAAGUCGACCCACCAGUGCCCCUGAGAUGUACAGUAACCUGGAAACACUAUUUUGUCAGCUUCUGAAACUACAAACCUCAGAUGAAUUACUUACUGAGCCAAAACAACUCCCAGAAAAAUACUCUCUUCCUGCAUCCCCUUCUGUCAUCCUGCCCAUCCAGAUUAUGCUGACUCCCCUUCAGAAGAGGUUCAGAUACCAUUUCAGAGGGAACCGGCAGACUAAUGUUAUAAGCAAGCCUGAAUGGUACUUGGCUCAAGUACUUAUGUGGAUUGGAAACCAUACACAAUUUCUGGAUGAGAAGAUUCAGCCAAUAUUAGACAAAGUAGGCUCUUCAGUAAAUGCAAGGCUUGAAUUUUCUCGAGGCCUUAUGAUGCUGGUUCUUGAGAAAUUAGCUACGGAUAUUCCUUGUCUGCUGUAUGAUGACAGUCUCUUCUGUCAUUUGGUGGAUGAAGUGCUCUUAUUUGAAAGGGAGCUACAUACUGUUCACGGCUAUCCUGGCACUUUUGCUAGUUGUAUGCAUAUUCUGUCAGAGGAAACCUGUUUUCAGAGAUGGUUGACUGUGGAGAGAAAAUUUGCUCUUCAAAAAAUGGACUCAAUGCUUUCAUCAGAAGCUGCCUGGAUAUCCCAAUAUAAGGAUAUCACUGAUGUGGAUGAAAUGAAAGUUCCAGACUGCGCAGAAACUUUUAUGACUCUACUCUUGGUUAUAACUGACAGGUACAAAAAUCUUCCCACAGCUUCACGAAAGUUGCAGUUCCUGGAAUUACAGAAGGACCUAGUAGAUGAUUUUAGGAUACGAUUAACGCAGGUGAUGAAAGAAGAGACUAGAGCUUCCUUGGGCUUUCGAUACUGUGCAAUUCUUAAUGCUGUGAACUACAUCUCAACAGUACUAGCAGAUUGGGCUGACAAUGUUUUCUUUUUACAACUUCAACAGGCAGCGUUGGAGGUCUUCGCAGAGAAUAAUACUCUAAGUAAAUUGCAGCUGGGACAACUAGCCUCCAUGGAGAGCUCUGUCUUUGAUGACAUGAUUAACCUCUUAGAGCGUUUAAAGCAUGAUAUGUUGACCCGUCAAGUAGACCACGUCUUUAGAGAAGUUAAAGAUGCUGCAAAAUUGUAUAAAAAAGAAAGAUGGUUGUCCCUGCCAUCUCAGUCAGAGCAGGCGGUAAUGUCCCUGUCCACUUCGGCUUGCCCGUUACUGCUUACGUUACGAGACCGUUUACUUGAGCUGGAGCAGCAGCUUUGUUUCUCCUUAUUUAAAAUUUUCUGGCAAAUGCUUGUAGAGAAGCUGGAUAUAUACAUCUACCAAGAAAUAAUUCUUGCUAAUCACUUCAAUGAAGGAGGAGCAGCCCAGCUGCAGUUUGAUAUGACCCGCAAUCUUUUCCCUUUGUUUUCUCACUAUUGCAAGAGACCAGAAAAUUAUUUCAAACAUGUAAAAGAAGCCUGUAUUGUUUUGAAUUUGAAUAUUGGUUCUGCACUACUCCUGAAAGAUGUAUUGCAGUCAGCUUCAGGACAAAUUCCUACCACAGCAGCAUUAAAUGAAGUUGGAAUUUACAAACUGGCUCAACAAGAUGUUGAGAUUCUACUUAAUUUGAGGACAAACUGGCCUAACACUGGGAAAUAGUGUGUCUUUCAGAAAAAGGAUUUUGUUUCUGUUUUUAAGACUGAGGGAGCUAAUUGGAUUUCAAGCUAUAUGAUGAAGUUCUGAAUUAAUCAAACUGGAAAGUUGAAAACUUUUUGGAAUCAUUUAUUAUCUUCAAUUUAUAGUGUUAUUAAAAUGAGGAGAAUAUUUCCUGAGUCCUCUUAUUCCUAAGAAAACAAAACAGAAAAUUCAGAAACCAUGAAAACUCAGAGUAAUUCCAUUUACAAAUAUAAAUGCUGAAUGUAUCUGUUGAAAAAAAUACAAGAGCAGAGAUAAUAAAUUAUAACCGUCUUUCAAUUUUCUGUGCUAAGGGAAAAUCUAUUGUGGAUAAUCAAACACAGCCAAUAAAUUUUUUAAAAAUCA